GUCACUCACAAUUAGAGAAAGAAAAAAAACUUCAGUGAAGAAUAGUUGAUCAGCGAGACAGCAACAUGGCUUGUACCAACGUUUGGAGCAACAAUUUGGUUGAAGAGUUUCGAAAGCUCGACAGUUGUCUUAAUGACUAUCGAGUUGUAUCAUUUGAUACUGAGUUUCCGGGGUUUCUUGCGAGUUCACCCAGAGAUUGUGGAGAUGUUCGCAGAUACGCUGACUUAAAGUGUAAUGUCGACGCUAUGAAUAUGCUUCAAUUAGGAUUAACUCCUUCGAACAUGAAUGGCGAGAUUGGCGGAACCUGGCAGUUUAAUUUCUUUUUCAGCAGGGAUCUUGAUGUUUAUUCUGAAGAUUCCAUUGUGUUCUUGAAGAAGUCUGGAAUUGAUUUUGUAAGACUCGAGACAGACGGCAUUGAUUUACACGAGUUUUCGACAUUGCUUACCUCUCUUUUAGGCCGUCAUAGUGAUUUGCUUUGGGUAAAUUUUCACGGCUUAUAUGAUUUAGGUUACUUAGUCAAGCUUUUGAGCAACAACUUAUUACCCGAAUCCAUUACGGACUUUACUCGACUUAUCGGAGAAUGCUUUGGCGGUGUGGUUGAUGUGAAGUAUGUGGCUAGGCUCUGUGACGGUUUGCUCGAAGGCGAGUUAAGUCUUGAAAAGCUGGCUAACAUACUUGGAGUCGAACGGGUCGGAGGAGCGCAUCAAGCGGGUUCUGAUAGUUUAUUAACUUGUUUAGUUUUCAACAAUAUUAUGAUGACUUAUAAUGAACUUCAGCCAACUGACUACAUUGGACAUCUAUACAGUAUUCAGACAAGGAUUUGCAUGUCACAGAAGCAGCCUCUUCUUCGUGUUCAGCCUCCACCAAACACUCUACUCCGUGUUCAGCCUCCACCAAACAUCAUAUAUUUCCGUGCAGCACCGCGUCCCAUUAUUCCCAUUGUUUGUAGUCCUUAUAGGAUGCGCAUAGUUCGGAUGAAGCCGGUGCACACGGUUCUUAUGAACAAGCUACUAUUAUAGAUUCUGCUUUAGCAUAGUUUUCAAUUUUAUUGACUAGUUGUAAUCGAACAUUUAUUAUCAUAAAGUUUAUUGAUCUGUCUGUUAUAUAAAAAGUUAAUAUUGCUCAUCAA